AACUCAUCUCUCUCAGUGCUCAACUCGAUAAAAAUGGCGACUACUCUCACAACCCGGCGCACAUUAGCCACAGUAAUCUCACGCGCUCUCUCUCACUCGCCAUCAUCAUCAUCCCCACUCGCCGCAGCUCCGCGCUUAUCUCUCACGCUCCUAAGCCACAAGCUCAGUCCCAUUUCGGGUCCAACCGGAGCUCCGGUUCGUUUCAAGACGACUGGGUCGGGUUACUCGCCGCUGAACGAUUCGGCGCCGAAUUGGACCAACCGGCCGCCGAAAGCAACGAUUUUGCUCGACGGAUGUGAUUAUGAGCACUGGUUGAUUGUUAUGGAGUUCACUUCGGAUCCUAAGCCUAGCGAGGAUGAAAUGAUUAGCGCUUAUGUUAAAGCCCUUGCUUCCGUCGUCGGAAGCGAAGAAGAGGCGAAAAAGAAGAUUUACUCCGUUAGUACUACUACGUAUACUGGUUUUGGUGCUUUGAUACCUGAAGAGCUUUCUUACAAAAUGAAAGAGAUACCUGGAGUGUUGUGGGUACUGCCUGAUUCAUAUCUUGAUGUUCCUAACAAAGAUUAUGGAGGAGAUCUGUUUGUUGAUGGAAAAGUUAUACAUAGGCCACAGUACAGGUAUGAUGAUAGGCAACCAACUAGAUCAAGACCUCGAGUGCGAUAUGAUAGGCGUCGAGAGAGCAUGCAGACUGAAAGGAGAGAUCCAAUGAGAAGAGAUAACUGGGCUCAAGAUCGAAGAGAGCCUAUUAAUCAACCCACUGCAGUGAAUGGCCAAAAUGGGCCUCAGGGUGGUGGUGGAGGUUCGUCCUGGAACCAGGGAGGAUACCCUGGUCCAUCAGCCUGAUAAAACAUUAGUAACCUGUUAAAGAUUAGAAAGGGAAUAUCAUCUGUUUAGUCUGCAAUAUCUUGUAUGACAGAAUUUUGAAUUUGUGCAUGUUUCUCUUAGAGAAAUUGUGGGAACCUUCUUUAAAUAUUUGAAGAAAAUAUUGUGAAUAAUAUGUUCUAAAUCUAUUAUAAUCAUAUAAUCUUAUAUUCCACAGUA